AUGUAUGCGCAAAGGGAUUCAUCGGGUACCUUACUUACCCAGGCUUUUCAUCCACCGUCGUCUGAGGAGCAUUUUUCUUCUCAAACCUUUUUUGAACAACAGCAACAGCAGUACAAUCAAGAACAACUUGAAGAGAUCCAAGAACAACUUAACCAAUCUAAUAUAGCUCAACGUUUUCAAAUCACUGAAAACAAUAAUUUUGCUUUUCAGGCCUUUGAUAAUAGUUCAAUUCUCGGAAAUUCUCUCUCCGCUGAUUGGUCACAGAUUUAUGGGAGCGAUGAUAUGUGUGGAUUAGUAGAUGGUUCUAAUUUUUCUAAUGGUGUCUUCGUUGAUGGUUUAAUACCUCAAAAUUUAGUUGGUGACGGUAGUUCUUGGGUACUUAACCAAAACACCGGUUUUACCAAACAAGAAACUCAUUCUUCUUUAUCUAAUUCACCUUCUGAGGCUGAUUCUGAACAAAAUAAUGAGUCUGUUAUAUCCUCUAAUUCUAACGAUCAUGUUAGAUCUCAAACUCCUGGUCCUUUUCAAAAGAAUAAUAUUCCAAAUUAUUUGACCGCUCGUCGUCGAAGUUUAUCCGCUGAUAAUAUACAUGCUUUGGCAAAAGCUCAACAACAAUUAGCUAAUCGUAAGGUCGCAUAUCUCGCUCAGCAAAAUUCUGAUCAAAUAUCUUUCCAAAGACCUCAUACUAUGAAUUUUGAUCAUCAUUCUCAAUUCUCUCUUAAACAACAGCCUAUUCAAAUGCAAGAAACUACUAUCAACCAGAACAUUUUACAACCCAACUCAACAAACUACAAAUCGCUUACUGAAUUUCAAGCUAGAUUUAAAGUAAAAUUAGAUAAAAGAAAUCAAAGGAGUAUGCCAAAUAUUCAUGCCGCUGCUCAUGCUGCUUUAGCUCAAUCUUCUAUAAAUCUUCAAAAAUCUAAUCCUACAAUCGGUGGCCCUGUUAAUGGUAGUGUUCCUAUCAUGGAAUUAAAUCAGCCCUUGUCCACUCAAUCAUUCGCUGAGAAAUCUAAUUCUCUUAAGCCUUCUCUUAAUCCACCUCGUCGUGGUCAUAUGCGUAAACGUUCUCUUUCUGCUCCUACGACCCCAUUCCCAAAUCUUACGCAACAGUCUCCUGGUUCAAUUCCCUUACAACCUGCUCAAUCUUUUCCUCUAAACUUUCCUAUGUCCUUUCACAAGCCUAAUGCUUUACCUAUUCAAAUUCAUAGAAAUCCAAAACAUUCUCAUGCUAGUGCUCCUUUAUCAUCUGAGGAGUAUCAACGUAAACUUAAUGAAGAACUUGAAAAAGUUGACUUUGAUGAUAUCACUGUUAGUGAACUCAAAGAAAUGUUACGUCAAAGAGGUAAACCUGCUACUGGUAAAAAGGCUGUGUUGAUGCAAAGGCUUCAAGAGGAAGUAGAGCAUGUUAAAGCUAUGAAAAAUAAUAACCAACAGCUUAAAAAUCAAAUGAUGUCAUCUCCUACAUCUCCAUCUAGUGGUGUCUCUUUGCAAAGAAGUAUUGCUAAUUUACAAAUAUCCAGUCCGCCCAUACAUUCUCGACGCUUUAGCCCUUAUGGUAGUGUUAGUAUUCCGGGCAGUCCCAGAAUAAUGCCCAGCGGGCUGGGUAAUGGACGAUCCGGCUUUAGUGGAAACGUUCCAUAUACUGAAGGUGAUGAAUGGCAAUUUCAUAAUGUUGGAAUGGUAUCACCAUUAGCUUCACAAGAUCUUGAUGAUGCGGUUCACCCAUCUCAAGCUAUGAUUAUAAUGGGAUCACAGCAACCGCAAGAAAUGUAUGGACAGCAACAACCUUCUUCCGCUCCUGCUACUACCACUGAAUUUGAACAAGCAUUUCAACAACAACCAUCAUCUGCUCCUCCAAUGACAACUGAAUUUGAAACUUUUGAAUUCAUGAAUCCAAUGGCUAUGAAUAUGAUGUAA